AUGGAUAAAACAAAGAGAAAAACUUUUAUGUUUAUUCCUUCUGAAUUAACUGAACUCAGUCUACUGAAAAAUCAAAAAUCAAAAUUUUCAAAUAUCACCGAUUUUUACUCACUUGGUUAUAAAAUACCUGAAAUAUAUGGCAGUCAAUCAAAUGACAAGGAAGUUGUACUGAUUUUGGGCUUUUAUGAUUCAUUCACUGAGAAAAAUGAAGUAUGCUCUUAUUGUUGUGUAAAAAUUCAAUCUAAUGAUAAUCUACAUAUUUGUGCUCAAAGUCUUAAAAAGUAUAAAUUUGAUCGUUCAUGUAUUAAAACUUAUUAUCCUUUAUUAACCAAUGAUUCUUAUAUAUGGAUUAGUCUUGAUAUGAAUAAAUUACCAUCAUUAUUAAAACAUGGUAUUCUUAUGAAAUAUUCUACAUUAUAUUAUUCUCAAAAGAAUAAUAAUAAUAAUAAUGAUAAUAAUCAUUUAAUAUUCAAUGAUUCGAAUAAUUGGUUAUAUUCAAUGAUGAAUAAUGAAAUUGGUCAAUCAUUAUGUACACUUAUACUAUGGUCUAAUCAAUUUAUAAUAGACUAUAAUACACUUUGUUAUAAUCAAUUGAAUUAUGAAAGAAAAUCUUCACGGCAAUAUUCCCGUUUCAUUGAGAUAAUAUUACAGAUUUUCAGCAAAUUGUUUAACAAAACAAUUCAAAUGAGUUAUACGUUAUUAUUAAUUAAAUACCAAUAUGAUACGUCAAAGAAAUCAUCUACAUUCUGUACAAAUUGUCUAAAUAAGUUAUCCAAUACUACUACUACUAAUACUACUACUACUACUACUACUAUUGAUAAUAGUAGUAACAUCAGUACCACAAAUCAUUCUUCUAUGUCAUAUAUUCACUAUUCAAAAGUGUUAUCAUUGUCAAAUUUUGUACCAGAUCCUAGUCUAGUUAUAUUUUGUGCUAUACAAUUAUUAAUUUUAAUGUUAUGUUUAAUUACAGUACCACAUAGUCAUCAUCAUACUGGUAAUAAUAAUAGUAAUUUUGAAUGCUGUACACUUAAUGUAAAUAAAUCAUCAUGUCAAUUUUCUUCAUGUAAUACUAUUCAAUCAAAUUAUAACACUGCUACUACUACUACUACUACGACUACUACUAAUACAGCUAUUAGUAGUAGUUGGUUACCGAAUGAUUUAAAUUGUAAAAUUAUUCCUACAUUAGGCUUAUUUUAUUUAGAUAAAAAUGAAGAAAAUUAUACAUUAACAUUAUCAUCAACAAAUCUCUCAUCAUCAUCCUCAUCUUCCUUGUCUUCUUCAUCUUUGAUAUUGUAUAAUUCUACAAAAGAAUUAAUGAACUAUCUAUCACCAUCAACAGAUUACUGUCAAAUGAAUAUACUUUAUCGUUAUGUUGAAUAUUUCACAUGUGAAUUAACACGUCUUCUAUUAUGGCUUGAACAGGAUACUAUUGAAUUGACUACAUUACAUUUAACAAGCUUUUAUAUAUAUGCUACACAUUUACUUCGUUUACAAUUGAAAACAAUAUCAGCUUCAUGGCGUUUAUGUCGUAAUAUUUCUAAAUGGAACCCGUUACGUAAUCGUGUUGAUAAAAUACCAGAUAUGUAUCUUGAUGCUAAUGAAUUUUUCUUAUCAGUUAGUUCAUUACAGAAGAAAAUUUCAUCAUCGUCAUCUCCAUCAUCACCGACAAUGUUACCGACAGCUACUACAUCAGGAUUUUUCAAUGAUAAAAAUCACUAUCAAAAACAAGAACCAGGAACGUCAAUUGUGAGACAAAAUAAUGUACUGUAUAAAUUUAUUUCCCAUAAAAAAGAUUCUGAUAUUAUUCUAUGUGAGCAAUUGACUAAACAAACAUGUGGAUUAUACUUGGAUCGUUUAUUAGUUUCUACUUUAUUGGGUCUUGCUAUUGGAUUGUGUUUAUUUACUACAACAAUAGCAUUUUACAUUACAUUUGCAUCUGUUCAAUUGGUUUUACUACUGAUUAAAAAUAGUUUAAAAAGUUUAGUUUGGUUUAUCAUGGAUUUCCCAUUGGAAUCUUUAAUAUGCUGGUUAUUGAACAGUUCAAAUUAUCAAACUAAACUAAUUUUGGAAGCACCAAGAACGGAUUCAAAAUAUUUUCCAUUUUUACAAUUAAAAGUAACUAGAAUUGAUUUCAAUGAAAUGUAUAACCAAUAUCAUUUACUGCAUAAACCAUUAUUUCCAUCAAAUUCUUUAUCUUUCAUGGAAAUAUUCUAUCGUCUUCUAUCUGCUCAAGAUAUUCGAUAA